AUGGUUGGGGAAUUUUUGAAGAAAAGAAACAUUGAUGAUAUUUGGGCAAACUUUGAUCCCGAUGUUUCAGAUCCCCAACGCCUUAUGUUUGGAGUCAAAGAGAUUGACCAAGCCCUUAAAGGUGGACUUCUACUAGGAAAACUUAGCGAAAUUUACGGACCAUCCGGUUCAGGAAAAACACAAUUCGCUCUUUCCCUAACUUCUGAGGUAUUUGAAUAUUAA